GCCGAACCGACUAGAGCACAGCGAUGCGCGGCUAGUUGGCUCCAAGUGAAUGUACGCGCGAGAGAACAUGCUGUCAGUGUUUUAUCUGUUGGUGCUCUCGGGGGCCGUUCUGCUCGGCGGAGGCGGCGUGGAGGCCUCUCACCACCGCCGCCACCACCACCCCCAGCAAAUUCAGCAGGACGAGCCUCCACCUCUGAGACUAAAAUUUCCGCACCUGGACCGCGUCCUCGGCCGGUACGAGGCGGAAAAGAUGGCCCGUGUGGCCCCCAAGCCGCCUCCGACGGCCGCCCCCGCCACCACCACAACGAUGGAACCAUCACCGCACAAGGAACUGUGGAAGGCGCGUCAGGCCAUCAUGUUCAGCACCUUUGACGACGAUUACGAGGAUGAUUAUUACACGGACAACCAGCAGAUGGACCAGAACCCUUCUCAGAACCUCACCGCCGUCAAGUGGAACACCCUGGGAACUGCCGAUGCUGUCGCCAGGACCAUGAGGAAUACGGAAGAAGCCAAGCAGGCCGCAUACAGCCUGCUGAACGAAAUCGCAAGCGGCAACUCCUGCAAGGUCCCGCAGGUGCGAUGCCUGAAAGCGAGCAAUCUUCUGCCUGGCCACUCGCGAAGGUACGCCCCAAAUUGUGUGAAGCUUCACAGGUGUGCUGAGGACUCGGGUUGCUGCUCGCACCCUGAAUACGAGUGCGGCCCCAAACGCAUCGUACAGGCCUUGGCAAUUCUCUAUGUAACCGAGCUCAACACAAGGCAAUCGGUGGCCCAGCAAUUUUACUUUGACAACCACACCGAGUGCCAUUGCGUUCUGGUUCCGUCUCGCAUAAUCCCAACGCCUGCCCCUCUCCAGGACUCGAGGACCAGGGCAGGACGGACUGCUUACUUUGGUGACCAAACCGACUUGUACCAUCGACACCCCUCUUCUCACCGACCUGUUCCUGCACCGCAAAGAAACGGCAAAGAAAACUGCAUUUGUCCGACUAAAUUCACCGUACGGAAUUUGGUGAAUGGAAGCUGCGUCUGCGACUGCUUUGACCGAGAGAGGGAAUGUCUGAGAUUCAAGAAGGGCAGGGAGUCUUUCUCCAGGGAAGAUACUGAAUGUAUUUCUGAGAGCCGCUGUCGCACACCGAUAUGCGAAUUUGGCACCUACCGUGACUUUGAGGGCAGAGGUCGUUGCCCCAUGAAGGACGAGCGGUUCUACUCGUCAUUUAAACCUCCAGUUGCACAGGCGCUGCACUCGGCGGCGCCCCCUGCCCUUCCUCCUGUAAUCUCGGCACCUUCUUGGCCACUCAGGUCGCAACCUGGACACACCUUCGACAUCCCUGGACGUCUCGAAAGACCGCCAUCUUGGAUCUACACCGCCGACAAGAAGUGGCCUCCGCAGCAGGGCAUCUUCGUCUUUCCGACGCCCUCAGCGCCUCCGGCCUGGAGCAGGCCGACGACCCCGUCGACCACCACCCCCAGACCCACCCCUCGAUGGAACCCCCAGCCCAUUUCACCGACGCCGUCUCCUUUUCCCUGGAUGGCCAGACACGCCUGGCCACCGAAACCUCCUGAGGAGAAAAAGAUGUACCAGGCGCCUUCAAAGUGGAGCCUGACCAGCCCUGAGUUUGGAGGUGGCUUUGCGUGGAACCCUGAGGAGACCAUGCGACACAAGCACAACAAAAAAGCAUAAGUUGUACUUCAAUGAAUGCCAGAAAGCUUUUAAUACUUCUGGUCUUGAGGAAAAUAACUAAAUUAAUUGACACAAAUUACGGAUUUUACGAUGCCAUAGAGAUUCAUUUUCUGAAAAUUAUUGCGUAGAGAUUACAAAAAAAAAAAACUUCUCAGAUACAAGAUAAUAUUAUUACCAAAUAUUAAAAUCUGCUGGGUGCUUGCUGAAAUUUUAACUUCAGUUGUACUCAAUUUACUGCAUAUUUUGGAAACUUUUAAAGUUUAUCAUUACUUCUAUUUAUAAAUAUUUUUCUAUUUCAACGUUUUUUUCCUACAUUUUGAAUAAAGAGGGAAUUAAAGAUCACAAAUAUUUAUCAGCAACAAUAACUUAAGUGUCAUUAAUUAAAUGCUGAGAAUGGUUAAUAUUUAAGGUUUCACCUCAUGAAUCAAGGAAAAGUUGAAUUUGUCUGGAGAAAUUUGAACAUGCAUUUUCAUAUAAAAAUUACAUCAAGGCAAGAAUGUUGCCUUUGUAGUUAUGCAACUGUCUUAACUUCCACGUAUUGCCGUGAUGCAUAAGUUUAAUGUAGAGAAAUAUUGUAACAACGUAGAGUUUUCUUGGAUGUAAUUGAAUGUUGAUGUCAGUCAUGUACUUGUGUUCAUAUAUAUUUUACUUAAUUUUUUAUUCAGUAUGGAAUGUCUGAACCACCUUUAUCAUAGCUUUUCAAUUGUGUACAUUUUUUUGCAUUUUUACAACAAAUAAUUAUCAUUUUAAGCAUUCUCAAUUUAUAAUUCAGAUAACCCUUUGAUGCAGAUAUACCAAAAUAAAAUCAAUAGAAAAUGUACUGUUGUAUGUAUCAAGGAUUUGCAAAUAAAAACGCUACCACUUUUGUAGGUAUAGUGAUUACUGUGCUAAAAUAUUAAAGGUAGCAGUUGCUGGCUUUUAAUCAUGUGCAAAAAAAGUGUAACAAAAAAUAGAAUUCAUUAUUGUAAGUACAAAAUUGUGUGUUUC